CGAGCACGUGGUUCCCGUGGUACCUCGGAAAAUGUUCUAUAAUCACUCGGCAGGAAGGAGUGUAGUUGCCUAACUGUUCCGUCUUCUUUAUCUUCUUUUCUUUUCCUCAGUAUCAAACAGAAUAUUAUAAAAUUAAUGUUUUCGAAAGAUGAGGAAGAUCCUAUUGUUAACAUUAGUAAUUCUAUCGAUGGCAUCUAUUGGUCAUUGUCAGUAUUGUGGUCAGUCGGUCACUCCUUAUGUAUCCAGACCAGGUGAUGUCCUUCUCAUAGGAUUAUUUGACAUCAAUCGAGGGAAUCGCUGUGAUAAGUUGCAUAGAGGAGGAUUCGAACAGAUGUAUUCGGCAGCGUGGUUCGUCGAUUGGCUCAACAAUCGAAGUUACACCAAAGGAAUACGAAUUGGUCUUAAUGCCUACGAUACGUGUAUUGAUACUCAAAAUACUCUGAGGUUAACAGUGCAUGGCCUUUCAGAAAGUAGUUACUUGGAGAAGGAAGAAUGCAGAUCACAAUAUAUUUUGGGAUUUAUCGGUCCUUUAUUGAAUCCUGCCAAAACAUCCGUUUCCGAUUUUCUACGCCAUUUAACAAUAACACAUAUGCCUUUCCAAUUAACAUCACUCAAGUACGAAAUUCAGGCACUGAUUUCGGUACUUUCUCAUUUGGAAUGGAAAAAAGUGGCACUGUUAUCGAGUAGUGAAAGUAUGCGCACGUAUUUUCAUCAGAGGGCCGUCACUGCACGAAUUUGUGUCGCAGCAUCUGAAGUAGUUGAUGAACAUGAUAUAACAAAAUUCAAUCACCUGUUUCGACUGAUCGAAAAGAUGAGAGUAAAAGUCUUAGUGCUUCUAGUUACUGAGAAUGACUUUCUGGAAUCUUUGAGAACUGCCAAACUUUAUAAUCUCACUCGUUUAUAUUGGCUAGUAGCUGGACCACUUGUGCAUUCGUCAACUCUCUCAAAUUUAGAUAUUGCAAGCUCAGUAUCGGCUAUGAUUAUUGCUCAACCUUAUGAAAAUAAUUAUCCACUCAUAACAACUUCAUUGAUUCGAAAAGAUGUGCCAUUGUCUCCUAAAGGUCAAAAAGUUAUGGACGAAUAUACGUCCCUUACCACUGAUUGCAGAUUGAAUGCUUCGAUGUCAAGAAAUCCACUUUGUCGCUUAUUGCAAAUGCACAUAUUAGAUUCUGCUAUUGAUUCUGUCCUAAAGACUAUUUUAAAAUUGGCAGAUACAUUGAAAAAUUUACAAGAACAGUAUUGUGGUUCGAGUUGGACUAUGUGCACUUCGUUAAAGAAGCAGUUCGAAAGAAAGUUUUGGAAAAUUGUUCCUUCAAUGGCUUUCGAUAUCGGUAAUAUAAAUAUUAUAAAAGAAGUUAUUACAGACGAGAAAACAAUUACUCUGUGGUCUUAUCAACCAAAUUCUGCUUCUUACUUCAAUUUCGUAGAGGUUGGAAGAUUUCUACGAAGAGAACUGCAAAUAGAUUCGCAAACAAUGAAUAUACUUCAACCAAUGGGUGCUGGAUGGUAUAAAAUUCCAGAUUUUCAAUGCACCGAAGACUGUGCAUGUGCAAAUUAUUUAUCUUCGAUUUAUUCAAAAGGCUCGCAUCUGUCUUGGAGGAGUAAAACGUGGAUUACAAUUUGUGUAACGGUGUCUUGUACUGGAACAGUUAUGGCUCUGGCCUUUGCUUGUUACAUUAUGAUUCGAAUUUGUCGAAGAGACACGAUAGAAGGAAAUCAAGGAUUUGCAUUAUGUAUUCUUUUAGGUAUCAUCUGCUGUUAUGCGUCUAUCUUACCUUACGGCUUUGAUCCUUCAGAAAGUAUAUGUGCCACGCGUUUAUUGAUAGGCACAGCUUACACCACAUUAUUUGCACCCAUAUUAGCUCGAUGUUUAAUGUUGGCCACUUCAGAUACAGGUGGAUUACCCGGACAUAUCAGUGGAUUAAUUCAAUCGUCGCUUUAUUUAUUCGCAGUUGGAGUUCAAGCUGGUUUAUCCGCUCAGUAUUGGUGGCUUAACUGCGGAAAUCAUUUUCAGUCAGUACCUCCUCAGUGUACAGCAUCUAGACAAAUUAUUUUCAUCUCAAUAUCGUAUCCGGCAUUAUUGCUGUUCUUUUGGUUAUUAAUCUCACCAUUCUGUGUUCGAAGUCGCCGAAAUUAUAGAGAAGGACUUACUUUUCAGAUUGCUAGUGUCUUGACGUUGUGUGUAUGGGUAACGUGGUUGUCUCUUUCUUUUAUUUUUCCUAACAGUUGGAGGGAUCCCUGUCUUUGCCUAGGAGUUGUAGCAUCCGCUACUGUUGUGUUAGUAUCGGUUUUUAUUCCCAGAAUAUAUAAAAUGGCUACUUCUAUCGCAUUGGAUGCCGUUAACGUCAGCUUGAGGCCUAUUGGGCAGAUGGGUGCACCGAAUUUAACUGAAAUGACAGUCAGAGACUUACAGUCUAUGUAUGAUAAUGCCAGUCACCCUUACAUAACCGAAUCUCAUAAUCAAACAACGACAAAAGAUGAUUCAGCUACACUUACAUACGAAGAAUGCCCUGUAAAUUCAUCCAUCCCCAAAACAACGCAUUUAUAAAAUAUCAUCAUUGUUUAUUUUAAUUUUUUUUUAAUAUUAAAAUAGUAUAAACAUAUGUUUUUAUGAUUUACAUUGAGAAAAAAAUAUUAUUUCAUUUGUUUAAAAAUAUAUAAUUAAUUCGGAUUUAAAUCUAUUAUUUUAACUUAUUAUUGCUGCCAUUAACUGAA